AUGAUAUUGUUCAACAAUGGUUCCAGUCGCCAGAUAGGAGGUUUUGCUCUGUCUACCUUGGGAUGGAUUCUUUGCAUCACCUCCAUGGGCCUCCCACAGUGGCGCGUGUGGUACGCGAAGGAACCUAUGAUCUCUUAUCCUAGUAUGGCCUUUGUUGGAGUGUGGAAAGCCUGCAUCUACCACUAUGACAACGUCAGCAAUAUUAGAAUGUGUUACCAUUACAGCUACCAUGACACCUUCAUUCCUUUGGAUAUUCGUGUUUCUCAGCACCUGAUGUUGACUUCCAGCCUUUUCUUGCUGAUUGCAAAAUUGGCCAUUGUUUAUGCUCUUAGAAAUGUGUACACAGGAAGACAAGAGAAGAGUGUGACCUACAAUGCCUUUGGCCUUUCAGCAAUUCUGAACAUCAUUGGCAGUAGCUUUGUCUUCCUUGCUGUCUUGUGCAGUUAUUUCUCCAUCAUAAACAAGGAGGGGAUUGCUUUUCCACCAUCUUUCCAUAUGCCCUUUUACCCACAUACUCAGCAGGUUGGCAUUGCUAUGGUAAUGGCGUCUCUAGCAGCCAUCCUGUUCUUGUGUAGUGGUGUGAUUUUCAUCCCUUACUCAUUUCCCUUAAACAUACGAGUCCUUUCUAAUAUCUGA